AUCCAAGCCCUCGUCCACCUCGCACGCACACUACAAAAGCUCAGCCUGGAAACACUGCUGCCGCCACCGCUGUCGCUGUCGCUGCCGCCGUGCCUCUCGGGAGCUUUUGAUAAAGGCAGAAUGGUAGAGCUGGGCACUCAUAGCAAUUGAGGGAGAUCAGAAUACAGCUUGUGGGAUCUACUGGUAAAAAGUUUCAUCUGGCAGAACCGUGGGUAAUGUCCUGAGGAUGAACGGGUGUUUUCCAGUUACAGGCUUGAGGUGCCUGUCUAGGGACGGCACUAGGAUGGCGGAGCCGGGAGCGCCCCGCUUCCUGCUAACCUUCGAUUUUGAUGAGACCAUCGUGAACGAGAACAGUGACGACUCGAUCGUGCGCGCGGCCCCGGGCCAGAAGCUGCCCGACAGCUUGCGGGCCACGUUCCGCGAGGGCUUCUACAACGAGUACAUGCAGCGGGUCUUCCAGUACCUGGGGGAGCAGGGCGUGAAGCCGCAAGACUUUCGCGAAGUCUACGAGGACAUCCCGCUGUGUCCGGGCAUGACCGACCUCUUCCAGUUCCUGACCAAACAGGGCAGCUGCUUUGAGAUCAUCCUCAUCUCCGACGCCAACACGUUCGGGGUGGAGAGCUCCCUGCGCGCCUCCGGCUACCGCGGCCUCUUCCGAAAAAUCUUCAGCAACCCGUCGGGCCCGGACGAGCGGGGCGUGGUGGUGCUGCAGCCCUUCCACAAGCACUCCUGCACGCGCUGCCCCGCCAACAUGUGCAAACACAAGGUGCUCGGCGACUACCUGCGCGAGAGGGCGCAGGAGGGGGUGCACUUCGAGCAUCUCUUCUACGUGGGGGACGGCGCCAAUGACUUCUGCCCCUUGGGGCUGCUGGCGGUCGGCGACGUGGCUUUUCCGCGCCGCGGCUACCCCAUGCACCAGCUCAUCCAGCAAGCCCAGAAUACCGAGCCCUCCUCGUUCCGGGCCACCGUGGUGCCCUGGGAGUCGGGAGCCGAAGUCCGCCGCUACUUGCAGGAGAUGGUGAAGAAAUGCUAAGCCCCGGAGGGGGACGGGAGCGAGGCCCGCCGGCUGGCUGCGGAAGGCGCUGCUCCUGGGCUGCCUGGCCUCGCCCACCCCCCACCCGCUUCGUGUUCGAAUUACCAACACAAGAACUUUCUCCCCUCCCUGCCCCGUCCUCCUCCGAAUUCGCUUUGGUUUAUCCCUCCCCUCGGACCCAGUCCUUUCCAACUGCGCUACAAGAACUCUGGGCUCCAUCCAUUUGGGAGAUGGGAGAGGGAGCAGAAAUACACACAUAUAUGCAUAUAUACACACGGGACGUGUGUAUAUAUGCAUAUAUGUGUAUUUAUAGAUAUGUAUGUAUAUAUUACAUAUAUGAAUGAGGAGGCAGUAACCAUCUAUGCAUUUAAGCCCAGUCGGGCUGUCCAGAGUCGGGUCCUGACAGUCCAGCAGUGCACACCUGUGUGAGGGGAGCCAGAUCUGGCUCCGACCUGACGUCAGGCUUCCUAGAUAAUGCUGCCUACACCAUCCCUAUUUUUGUGGAGAAGCUCUUCUGGGGUGGGGGGAGGGGGAGAGGUAUUUUAAAUAGUUACUUUCUGUCCCAACGUGCAACUUAAACCUCUCCCCAGCCGCCGGGAAACCUUCCCAUCUUCUUCAGGUCCCCAGGCCCCACCCACUCGCACUUCCCGGUUGGGGAGGGACCACACCCUCAGUCCCCUAUUCACCUGCCUGCUUAUAGUCGACUCAGCUUGCACUACAAUGACACUUAAUAGACCUCGCUUCUCUACCCAGUUACCCAGAAAAGGGGGAGGCGGAAAGAUCGGGGAAGUCUCUGUCAGAACGAGAUAGUGUCCAGUCCCAACUCUCCUGGCUGUCCCCACCCUCCACCCCAUCUAUGCAGCAAGAGGCCCGGGGGCCUUUCCAAACCCCUUCCCUAUUUUUACCCCGGUCUCCGAUUGUUUGGAACUCAAAGCCAUGAUGUUUUUAAGCAGAGCCAGCCCAAGCCCAUGGUCCCCUUCCUUCCCUUUCUCCCUACUGUGUCUCAGAGCUAUAAAGGAAGUGAAGGGGGAAAAGG